UGUUAUUUGGACUGUUUCUUUACGGCGAAGGGCGAACCCGAGAUUGUGAAAUGGAGGGAAAACAUUGGGGAGGAUUUCUGGACGAAACAAGCAAUUUUACCAGCCCUUACCUAUUGAGCUUCGAUGAAAUCGAAAAACUUAGUAAAGCAUUUGUGCCUUGUUCAUCAAAUAAACCCUUCAAGGCUGAAAGUGUCAUGACAACACAGAUGAUGCCCAUAUCAUACUUUGAAACAGAUCCCAUCACAUUACACAACAUUCAGUUAGUCCAAUACUCCAAGCAGAUGCAAGAAAUUCUUCAACAGAUACAAAAAUCUUACAAAAAAUUCAAUGUAGAACAUAUUCCAAUUGUUCCUAUAAAACCUGCAAAGGAGCACAUUCAGCAGCACCCAUCCAUGAAACUGACAAGACGAGGGGUACAACAAAUAUUGUACAGGUCAAUGUACCAGGUUUGUGCCCAUGAAGGAUUUGAUAGCACUACAGAAUCUGUACUGUCAGUCCUUGCUGGUGUAACAGAAGAAAUGCUUGUAAAGUUUUGUAAUCUAUUAAAACUAAACACUGAGCGUGAGAUAUUAGGCCAAUCCACAGGAUUUGUGGACGCGAUGGAAAGAACCUUACAUGAUGUGGGCAUGAAUGGCGUUAAAGACCUUCAUCAUUUCUAUACGAAUCGAGUGCUACGUUAUAACGACCGCCUCAGACAGCAAAGCCACAAUCUCCAUCGUAUGUGCGUUAAAGCUGCUGUUCAGUUUGAUCAUAGCAAGGUGGGUCCCCGUACGCCCUGGGAAGAAUCAGAAUGGGCAGAAUUAACAGAGUGGAGCGGGAAUGAAGCUGUGGACAAUGAUAGCUCUUUCAAUAGAGACAUGGGGAUAAAGUCUCAGUCAAGCUCAAGGAGCAACCACGAAGCAAUAAACCAGUUACAUUUGGAAGACAACACAGCCAUUUCUGCCCCUGGGCUUGAAUCUGGCUUAAGGAUGUUAUAUACGCUAGAACAGCAGGAAGCCAUUGGAGCAUCUGAUGCUCGAUACCUAAAUAAGGAAGACCAAACAUCACCUACCUUUUUUGUGGGCCCUGAAUCUACCUCUCCUGGCGCGAAGCAAAAUGGUAGCAAAAAACAGAAAAAACUUUAAUGCAAGCCUUUUGUCCGAUAGCGGAUUAUUUAGGCCGCCACCUCAUAAAUCUUUGCAAAGUCUUUGCAAAUAAAUGGCAUUUUCUAAGGAAAUUGACGCAAAAUUUUAAGGUUC